UCCUACUACAUUCAAAUAGAGCAGUUUCAUUUGGAAAAACAAAAAUAUAGAUCUUAAUAUUUCCUUCUGGCUAUGUUUCAGCUAAAUAUUCUAACAUGAUAUUUCGAACUAAUCGAUUUACUAAACUUGCUAAAAUACAUGUUCCUGUCUAACAACCGGAACAGCAGUAUUUCGCAAAGCCUGCAUAAACAUAUUCGCAAUUAUACUUUAUGACAAAUACGGAAAAGGAAUUGUGUGGUGUUUGUUUUUGUUAAUUCCUUGCUCGUCUCAGUGUAUCAUAAAAUUUAGUGCGAUAUGUUAUUACUUUAAGUUUGUUUAUAAUUUUACAUCCAAUUACGACAAAAGAAUUAUUUACUAAGUGAGAAUUUGACGCUCGUCAGUGCUAGCUUGCUUAGUUACAUGAAACGCAUCUUCAGAACUCCAUUGAUCCCAAAUCUAACGGUGGCAUUAAAAAGUCCCCUGGACUAUCAGCUGACGCAAUUCAGAAGCUUCAAGCGCAUGUACCGAUCGCGCGAGUCACCACGGUCAAAACAAAAAGGUCCGGAGAGAGACGUUAGAGGAAUCUUUCAGCGUUACGCGCGGCAGAGAAACAUGUCCGAGACUUGUCGAAAUUGGCGCUCAGUGCAGUGCUCCGCCCGGCGAAGCCCAGAUGACGUUCAAUUCAAUCUCAUGAGUUAUAAUAUUCUAGCCCAAGAUUUGCUGGAGCUACAUGAAGAACUCUACGAUCAACACGAUGCGGUGGCGCUAUCGUGGUCUCAUCGAUACGAUCGGCUGAUGGCGGAGAUCAAUCUGGUUCAACCAGACAUUUUAUGCGUGCAAGAGCUACAGGAAAACCACAAGGAACAAUUUAGCCGCGGAUUGGCUAAUUUCAAGUACGAUGUAAUAUACAAGAAGCGGACAGGGGACAAAACCGACGGAUGUGCGAUUUAUUUCAAACAGGAUGUAUUCGAAUUACUUGAAUAUCAAGACGUAGAAUAUUAUCAACCGGAUGUUAAGCGUUUGGAUCGUGAAAAUGUAGCUAUAAUUGCUAAAUUCGGGGUGAGAUCAAACCCGAAUCAAAAAUUGGUGGUGGCUACCACACACCUCCUGUACAAUCCGCGACGACAGGAUAUACGUUUAGCUCAGAUACAGGUAUUAUUGGCAGAACUAGAUCGUCUGGCAUACAUCGGGAGGUAUGAAAACGGGACGCCGAAGUAUUUGCCUACAAUUGUGACGGGAGACUUUAAUCUCCAACCAUACACUGCUCCUUACGUUCUUCUGACGACUGCUUUCCUGCAAUACGAAAGCUUAGCCACAAAUACACUCGAGCCACAAAUGGGUGGUAAUGGAUCAACUUUUGGAAAAGAGUUGCUUCCUGCCAGGUUGGGAAUCACAGAUGAUUGUCGGCACGAGAACUCAAUUGAUCGGGUUGAGCCUGACAGUGGGUGUCAUUCAAUGCUACAUAAUUCCAGCACCACACCAGCAACAGUUGCUCCUGCCCGGGACAGUAAGCCAAACCAUAUGUUUGGACAGGGAAAACUUAGGCAUCGGUUUAAGUUUACAUCAGCUUACAAGCAUAACUUAGGGGAAGAAAACGCGGAAGCAACCACCUUCCAGGGAAAAUGGAUCACCGUAGACUUUCUGUUCUAUACAAAAUUUCACAACACAAGCGAAAAGGCAUUCGUAGAAGGUAAUCUAAAACUGGUGGCCACCUACUCCCUGCCCACAGUGAAGCAGGCGCGGGAAAUCUACACGAUACCGAAUAUGUACUUCGGUUCAGAUCAUUUCGCUCUCGCCGGUCGAUUCUUGCUGAAGAAUAGUACGGAAUGAAAAUCGGAGAUUUGCCACCAAUCGGCACUUGUUUUAAUUUGACAAACCUUUAUCUGUUCGUUGGUUAUAAAUAUACACGCUUCCUCAGAA